AUGUGCGCUAUUAAGGGUGCACUGAUGGGCACUGAUAGGCUGCACUGAUGGACACUGAUAGCCCCACCAUCAUGCACAGAGGAGCAGGGGUGGACUGACAACUCAUGGGGCCCCGGGCAAUAGGGGAUCAUGGGGCCCCUGUGUCCUUGCCCAAACUCAAAAAAGCCUAUGGAAAAAGGUACCAGGAGCAUCUCAUGGGGCCCCCUACUGACCCCGGGCCCUCGGGCACUGCCCGAGUUUCCAAAUGGUCAGUCCGCCCC